GAUGACUUGGCCUUACGUUUUGUGCAUUACCUCCCCAGAUGACGAGCUCUCGUUAUAAAGAUGCAGGCACUGGCUGCGGUCCUCUGGCAGAAGCUUGGCAGGUGGAUUUUUGGUAACUGCACAGCAAGAGAAACAAAAGGUUGAUGGAAAACUACACAUUCAACAGCUUCACCCUGCAGCUGGAGGGGUUAAAGGUCACAGAGGUUUCCAUCUACCCCGUCUUUUUCUUUUUCUUUUUCUGCUACCUGAUCAUUAUGCUAAUCAAUGUAGGCAUCGUUGUCCUGGUUUUCACUGACAGGAACCUUCACCAGCCCGUGUAUCUCCUGUUCUGCAACCUGCCCGUCAACGACAUUGUUGGAAAUUCCAUCAUGGUGCCCCGGCUGCUGUCAGACAUCUUGCUGCCUCCCUCUGAACGACUCAUCAGUUAUUUUGAAUGUGUGAUUCAAGCUUUCACCACACACAUGUUCGGCACCACUUCCCACACAGUGCUGAUGAUCAUGGCCUUUGACAGAUAUGUGGCCAUCUGUAAUCCCCUGCGCUACACUGCCAUAAUGACCAACAGAAUGGUGAUGAAGCUGACAGUGUCUGCCUGGGGAGUGGCCUUUGUUUUGGUGGGGAUUCUGCUCAGUCUGACCAUACGGCUGAACCGGUGCAGGACUCUGAUCACAAACCCCUUCUGUGACAACGCCUCACUCUUUAAACUCUCCUGUGAGAGUGUGGUAAUCAAUAACAUCUAUGGCCUCACUUUCACUGUGGUGCUGUUCACAGCUUCUAUAGGCAGCAUGGUUCUCACCUACACUAAGAUCACAGUGGUCUGUCUGACCAGUAAGAACAAGUCUCUGAACAGGAAAGCCCUGAAGACCUGCAGCACUCAUCUCUUUGUGUAUCUAAUUAUGCUUUUAUGUGGAAUGCUCAUCAUCAUCCUUCAUCGCUUCCCUCAGUACUCAGACUACAGGAAACUGUCUGCCAUUCUGUUUCACAUCAUCCCCGGCAGCCUCAACCCCGUUAUCUAUGGGGUUCAGUCAAAAGAGAUACGAAAAUUCCUGUCAAAGUUGUUCAAGUCCAGAACGAUUUUUCCGUCAUUAUAA